CAUCCAGCAUAGCUGCACGCUUCACCUAACGUCCCUCUCCAACCUCCCCAACUUCAUUAUAAAAUAUCAACUCCCCCAUCAUCUCCCUUUGUCCCUCACCACACCCACUAGGCCAAUACCUACCUCUCACCCUCUCUAAUCCAUCAAACCAAGCCUCCCAUGGAUCUCCUCCUCCUGGAGAAGACCCUUUUGGGUCUCUUCAUUGCUGUUAUUGUUGCCAUUGUCAUUUCUAAAUUGCGAGGCAAGCGUUUUAAGCUCCCCCCGGGUCCUUUGGCAGUCCCAGUUUUCGGUAACUGGCUUCAAGUCGGCGAUGACUUGAACCACCGUAACCUCUCUGAUCUCGCUAAGAAAUUCGGUGAUAUCUUUCUUCUUCGUAUGGGGCAACGUAAUCUCGUGGUUGUAUCUUCACCGGACUUGUCUAAAGAGGUUUUGCAUACUCAGGGUGUUGAGUUCGGGUCCAGAACCCGAAAUGUUGUGUUUGAUAUUUUCACUGGUAAAGGACAGGACAUGGUGUUCACCGUGUACGGUGAGCACUGGAGGAAGAUGAGACGGAUUAUGACAGUUCCAUUCUUCACAAACAAGGUUGUUCAGCAGUAUCGAUAUGGGUGGGAAGAUGAGGCAGCGAAGGUGGUGGAAGAUGUGAAGAAGAACCCACAGGCAGCCACCAGUGGGAUUGUGUUGCGGAAAAGACUGCAGCUGUUGAUGUAUAAUAAUAUGUACAGGAUUAUGUUCGAUAGGAGAUUUGAGAGCGAAGAUGAUCCAUUGUUUGUGAAGCUGAAGGCUUUGAACGGAGAGAGGAGUAGAUUAGCUCAGAGCUUCGAGUACAACUAUGGUGAUUUUAUCCCCAUUUUGAGACCUUUCUUGAGAGGUUACUUGAAGAUCUGCAAGGAAGUGAAGGAAAGAAGACUGCAACUCUUCAAGGACUACUUUGUUGAAGAGAGGAAGAAACUUUCAAGCACAACGAGCAUGGAUAAUGAAGGGUUGAAAUGUGCAAUAGAUCAUAUUUUAGACGCACAGCAGAAGGGAGAAAUCAAUGAGGACAACGUUCUUUACAUUGUUGAGAACAUCAAUGUUGCCGCAAUUGAAACAACACUAUGGUCGAUUGAGUGGGGCAUUGCUGAGCUUGUGAACCAUCCUGGAAUCCAGAAGAAGCUACGAGAUGAGCUUGACACUGUGCUUGGACCUGGUCACCAAAUCACUGAACCUGACAUCCUAAAGCUCCCCUAUCUCCAAGCUGUUAUCAAAGAAACUCUUCGUUUGAGAAUGGCAAUUCCUCUUCUUGUGCCCCACAUGAAUCUCCAUGACGCAAAGCUUGGUGGUUAUGAUAUUCCUGCGGAAAGCAAAAUUUUGGUGAAUGCUUGGUGGCUUGCCAACAAUCCUGCUCACUGGAAGAACCCUGAAGAAUUCAGGCCAGAGAGGUUCUUGGAAGAGGAGUCCAAGGUUGAGGCCAAUGGAAAUGAUUUCAGGUACCUGCCAUUUGGGGUCGGAAGAAGAAGCUGCCCUGGAAUUAUUCUUGCAUUGCCAAUUCUUGGUAUUACUUUGGGUCGUUUGGUACAGAAUUUCGAGCUCUUGCCACCUCCAGGACAGUCAAAACUUGAUACCACAGAGAAGGGUGGGCAAUUCAGUUUGCAUAUAUUGAAGCACUCCACCAUUGUUGCCAAGCCAAGAUCAUUUUAAUUCCACUCGUUCCUUUUUUAGUGUAAUGGUACUACAGGAUUGUUAAGAUGAGAUUGGGUGUUUGUGAUAUAGACUGGGUUGUGAUCCUGUGUAAAUCUAUGAACUUUAAAUGAUGUUCUAAGACCCUGCAAUAAUAAGUAUAUUUUUCUUGGUCAUUAA